AUGCCCUCGGCCGACCAGCACCACUUCUCGCUCUCGACCUCGGCCACCUCGAAUGCCGGCAACUUUGUCGAGCGUCGCGGCGCCGACCUCUUCCUCGGCGGCCAAAAGCUGCGCUUUGCGUCGCUCAACGCGCCGCAGCUCCUGCGCGGCGACGAGAGCGGGCCGUUCGAGGUGCGCGACACGUUCGCCGCGCUCGCGGCCAAGGACGGGUUCGGCGGCGUGCCCGUCACGAGGACGUACACGCUCAUGAUCAAGAGCAAGCCGUACGUCGAGAAGGGCCACAUCAUCGGCUGGAGCAAUCAACACCGCGACUGGCUGUGGGACGAGGAGCGGAUGAAGCAGAUGGACCUCGUGCUCGACGAGGCGCACAAGGCCGGCGUCAAGCUCAUCAUCCCGAUCAUCAACCAGGACUUUGGCGACGACAAAAACUGGGUCGGCUGCACGACCGACCUGACUCGGCUUCGCUACGGCCUCGACUCGAACGCCAAGGCGCGUCGCAUCAACUUCUGGAAGGAUACGACCAUGAUUGAGAGCUUCAAGGUCAUCAUCGAUCGCCUCGCCAACCGCGUCAACACGAUCAACGGUCGUCGCUACAAGGACGAGCCGUGCAUCCUCGCCUGGGAGACAGGCAACGAGCUCACGGCGGGCGACAAGCUCCCGGCGCCAGCCUCAUGGACCCUCAUCAUGGCCAAGCACCUCAAGUCGCGCGCUCCUCGCACGCUCGUCAUGGACGGCUCGUUCGCGCGCUACGCCGACCAGAGCAAUAUGUUCCCGAACGAGGUCCUCAGCAGCCCCGACGUCGACAUCCUGAGCUAUCACCACUACGGCGACGGCGAGGCGCGCCGCGUCAAGAAAGAGUGCGAGGUCGCUCGCAGGCACAACAAGGUCUUCGUCUCGGGCGAGUACGGCUUCUUCUACCAAAAGGAAACGUACAAGGCGUUCCUCAACGACGUCAAGGACGCUGGAGGUGCCGGUUCUCUCGGCUGGUCUUUCCGGCCUCACUCGUCCAGCGGCGGCCACAAGACGCACAGCGAGGGCUACGGCAACAUCUUCUCGUACCACCUCCCCGGCUGGCCCGACUCGUCGCACCCCGAGUUCGACGACCGCGAGUUCCAGAUCGUGCGCGACGUGCGCGACGCCUCGUUCAAGAUCAACGGUCAAGCGCGCCCGUUCAAGUUCCCGAUCCCGCCUGCGCCGGGCAAGCCGUGGCGGACCAAGACGGCGAGCGGCGCGCCCGCCAUCGCCUUCCAGGGCGCCGCCUGGGCCGAUCGCUACCGCAUCACGGUGCGUGGGCCCGCCGGCGAGCGCUCCAAGGAGGCCAAGGACCACACGAAGGAGAAGAGCCUCGCCGUCGACAUCGGCAAGGAGAUCCAGGCGGUCGGCGGGCAGAACGUGCGCGUCUCGGUGCGCUCCAUCAGCGUCGACGGCGUCGACGGAGGCGAGUCAGAGGCGCUCGCGCUCUGA